GGCGGCGGAGGAGCCGGAGGAGCCCGAGGUGGACGUCGAGGGGGACCCGGCGGCCGGGGCGGCGGUGCCGGGAGCCCAUGAAAACAAAGCUUCCAACUUGCCACAGGAUCACUAUCUUGAUUCAUCUUGGAGAACAGACAACAGUCUUCCAUGGAGGUUGGACAGCAGCAUUAGUGAAGAAAACAGGUCUGUCAUUGAGAAAAUGUUGCUGGAAGAAGAAUAUUACUUAUCUAAUAAAUCAUUUUCUGAAAAAAUAUGGCCCAACCAAAAGGAAGUGAAGAAAAGACCCAUGAAAAGCCCACAUAAGAAAACUGGAAGAGUUGUGGUGCGAUCACCUACAAAAUCAUCCAGCUGCUCAUUAAAGUGGACAUCAGAAGAAAAAGAACUGUUUGAACAAGGGCUGGUGAAAUUUGGACGCAGGUGGACGAAAAUUGCCAAGUUGAUUGGAAGUCGUACCGUGCUCCAAGUGAAGAGCUACGCCCGGCAGCAUCUUAAGAACAAGGCAAAAAAUGGGGAUUCUGAAAAAGAAGAGCCAAGUGAGUGUGGCAGCAGUCUUCCCAUUGAAGAUGGAGUAAGAUUAGAAGAAUGGUCAUCUAGAAACUUGAGAAGCUGUGCAAACCCCCAUCUGAACGCAGUGAAAAUCGAAAAGCUGUCAGAUGAUGAAGAAAUAGACAUAACUGAUGACAUGGAUGAGCUACUUUCUCCUACCUGCCAGCAAGAAACUGGAAAAUCUGAAUUAUCUGUUAUUUCAAAAAGUUCAGUUGAAGAAAUGAAAGGAAUGAAACAAGAUUAUUCAUUUUUUGGACACAGUUCUGCAAUUCCUUUACCCAAAGAAGACCCUCAACCGACCAAGCAAGAUACAGUGGAUGCAUUAGUAUUUCCAGGUGUUGCAGCAACACAUUCUCAGCACCUGAGCAGUGAUAAAUCUGUGAAUUUAGAUUACCAGCAAUACAAUAAUUUUAUUGAGAAAGCUGAACAAGGCAGACUGGUAACAUCUUGUGGGACUAGACAAGUAACUGAUCAGGAGCUUAAUGAGGAGCAGAGAGACUUGGUUGAUAAUGGAUUGCUUUUUCCUUCUUGCCAAGUGGACGAAGAUCGUCAAGAAGAAGCAGAGGAGCUUAAGCCACCUGACCAAGAAGUGGAGGUUGACAGAAGCAUCAUUCUGGAAGAAGAGAAGCAAGCUUUUCCUGAAUUUUUUGAAGGGCGCCAGGCCAAAACACCAGAGCGUUAUUUGAAAAUCAGGAAUCAUAUUUUGAAUCAAUGGGAGAGAUGUAAACCCAAAUAUCUGAAUAAGACUUCAGUGCGUCCAGGCCUUAAGAACUGUGGUGAUGUUAACUGCAUUGGACGGAUCCACACAUACUUGGAAUUAAUAGGAGCAAUUAACUUUGGCUGUGAACAGGCUGUCUAUAACCGCCCCCAACCAGCUGAUAAAACACGGUCCAGAGAAGGCAAGGACACAGCAGAAGCCUACCAGCUGGCUCAGCGCUUGCAGUCCAUGCGUACAAGACGGCGGCGAGUGCGGGACCCUUGGGGAAACUGGUGUGAUGCAAAGGAUUUGGAAGGACAGACAUUUGAGCAUCUGUCUGCUGAAGAAUUAGCUAGAAGAAGAGAGGAAGAAAAACUGAAACCUGCAAAAUCUUCUAAAGCUUCAAGACAAAUAAAAAGUUCCUUUGAUCCCUUUCAGCUGAUACCAUGCUGUUUAUUCACUGAAGAAAAACAGGAACCUUUUCAGGUGAAGGUGUCUUCUGAAGCCCUUUUAAUAAUGGAUCUGCACUCUCACGUGUCUAUGGCAGAAGUCAUAGGGCUGCUGGGUGGAAGAUACUCUGAAGCUGAUAAAAUUGUACAAGUUUGUGCAGCAGAACCAUGCAAUAGCCUCAGUACAGGACUGCAGUGUGAGAUGGAUCCAGUAUCUCAGACGCAGGCCUCGGAAGCGCUGGCUGCCCGCGGCUACAGCGUGAUUGGAUGGUACCACUCCCACCCUGCCUUCGACCCCAACCCCUCAAUCCGAGAUAUUGACACUCAGGCUAAAUACCAGAGUUACUUCUCCAGGGGUGGUGCCAUGUUCAUUGGAAUGAUUAUAAGUCCUUACAACCGAAAUAAUCCUCUUCCAUAUUCCCAGAUGACUUGUCUGGUAAUUAGCAAUGAGAUCAGUUCUGAUGGUUCCUACCGCCUGCCCUACAAAUUUGAAGUACAGCAGAUGUUGGAGGAGCCUCAGUGGGAAUUAAUAUUUGAAAAAACAAGAUGGAUAAUUGAAAAAUACAGAUGCUGCCAUAGCAGUGUCCCCAUGAAUAAGAUUUUUCAUAGAGAUUCUAACUUGACUUGUUUGCAGAAACUUUUGGAGUGCAUGAGGAGGACUUUGGGCAAAGUAACAAACUGCUUCGUUGCUGAAGAAUUAUUGACCCGGAUAGAAAAUUUAUUCCUUUCCACAUACAAGAGUGAGGAAAAGAGGAAUGCUGAAGAAAAUGAGAAUGACUCUUCAAAUGAAUUGCCAGUGUGAUGGCUGUAACAAAACAAAAUGAUGGAAUUGUUGGUUUAUAUCUUCAUUUUCUUUCCCUUUUCCCCAUUAUGUCAAUGCUUUUGGUAUUAUCCAUUUUAAUCGUAACUGUUACAGAAUCCAGUGUCAUCUGAUUGUUAUGGUUUAAACAUACUUUGAAAAACUCCUAAUGUGUGUGACCUGACUACACAAGGAAUGCUUAAUACUAAUAUUUUGUAAAAUUAAUUGAUUGACCAACAGUCUGCCAUUUGGGAAGGACAACCUGGCAAGGAUACUGUGUGUCAGUCUGCAGGGAGAGUUUGUACUCCCAGGUCCUUCAGUUUGGGAAUUUUAUUUUUAUCUACAGGUACACAUCUAACUGGGAAUUAAUGUGUUCCUUAAUGCUUUAGAGACUAUUAGUUUGAAUUAAUUCACAAAAAAGAAAAAACUGAAAUGAAAAUAUUAUAGCUCACUGAUUUAAAACUUUCCUGGUAUCCAGUCUGAAGUAUUACUCAGUUGUGGUUUAAUACAUAAUCUGAUUUUUAAUAUUUUUUUUUUCCCAUUUAUCCCUGUGGUCAAGUAGCUCUUUUGGCAUGUUCCUUGCCACCUUUUUUAUCUGGGGAGGAAAAGCUGGCAAGUUUUCAUGACUUCUCAGUGGUCGUUGUGCUUGUUUCCAGUGGAAAUGACAACUCCUGUCUUGUUACAGGUUGCAGUCUUUGUGCUCUUCCAUUCUGUGAGGAGAUACUGUGCUGUUCUGCCAGUUUAUUCUGAUUUGUCCACUUCUAAGUGCUGCUGUUUCCUGUGGAAACAAGAGCUCUAGAUUGAUGGCAAACAUAGUGCAACAAGCAGAAAAGUUCUUGUCUUUCAAAGAAAAAAAAAACAACACACCAACUUUUAUAUUUAGUCUUCUCUAUAAUGGGCAGUUCAGGAAGAAAUCAUACUGGUUUAUAUCAGUUCUUCAGUUAGAAUUUCAGAUUAGUAUAUUCAGAUAAAUUAGAAACAGAUUGGUCUUGAUUGAGAAGUUUCUUGAUUGCAAUUUGCAAGUGUUUCAUGUAUUAUGAGUCUUUAUAGGAAAAAUACGCUUUAAUUGUUGCUUUCUAAAUCCAGACUUGAGUUCUAUACAGCUACUACUAUUUACCCAGGCAAAUCUUCUCAGGUCUAAAAUAUAUUUGAAAACAUGAGUCAAGCAAGAUGUGAGUUUAUAUCUAGAGGGGUGACAAUGGACUCAAGUCUUCUUUUUAAAAAUGUGUGUAUAUAUAUAGUUCUACAUAAAUGGAAUUUAAGAUUUUAUAUGUUUACAUUUUUAACUUCAGUGUUUCAUUUGUAUAAAGAGUUUGAAGAGCUUUAAAAUCGUGGAGCUGCAUCCCAGGGAGGGAGCUCCUGUCCAAGAGGUUACCAUUCCUUUUUUUUAAUCACACCUUAUAAAAUGUUUUCUCUUUCUGUGACUCAGUGGAAGUUGUAGAGCCUGUUCAUGUGAAGUGUGAGGUCUUGAUACUCAGUUACUGUCCCAGUGCAGAUUCCAGAGCUACGGACUUAAAGAUAGAGGUGAAUGUUUCAUGCUCUUCUGUGUUCAGAUCUGCUGGUGCAGCUUUAGAUCCCACUGCUGUGUGUCAUGUACAAACAAGGUGUAUCCAUCUUUGGAAGGCAUGUUGACUCAGUCUGCAUAUAUUCUAAAAUGUCAUCCUUGGGACUUCCUAAUUCAAAACACUGCAUGGCUUUCUCUCUGGUUUCAGGUACCCUCCUGGUGAGAAAGCAUUGCUUCCCUACUUAGCUAGGAGUGGGCUGCAGUGUCAGAUAUUCUUAGUGGUUUUGCAUGGGUUACUUUCUAGAAAAAUCACAGGGUAUUAAUGUAUGUACUGAAAGCUGUAAUUAGUUCUGAUUUGUAAGAGGAGAAUCUUGAACCUCUCAUGUAGCAGCAACAUGCAGUAGAUAAUGUUUGUUGUCCAAAUAUGGUUUGUUUCCAUCAGUGUUGAGCCUUUGCUAUGCACACAAAGACCAAAGACUCCAGCUUCUGUACGAGUUCAUUAGCAGGGGGGUGUGGGAGGAGAUGUAACUGUGAGUACCAGGGUAAUCCAGUCUUAUCCCACGAUAUUGGUUGUGAAUUGGAAAUGCCACAUUUGUGAUGCUAAGUAAUCAUUUUGUUGGCAGAAGCCUGGGUAAGAAAAUAACUAACCUACUUUUCAUCAUUUAUUUUGAUUAUAUAGUUAAUAAGAAGAGUUUGGAAGUUGCAUGCUUCUAAGAUCAAGAUCUGUUUUACUAAUACUCCCAGUUCUGCUACUAAACACAUACAAGACAUUAAAUAUUUUUAUUGGGAAGCUCUCUUUUUUUUUUUUCCCAUCCAGCAAUUCUUUGUUUUAGUGUACCUGUUGUGGACUAAUAUCCAGUUUCUGUGUGUAAGACCAGCUGUUUUGUGCCUUGUCAAGUUGUUCAGGAGAUGGAAAUGGUUGAGAGUAGCAAGUAGAAUGACACAGUUAAAAGUGGGAGGGUUAACAGUUCUAAAAAAGCAAACUCCCCAAACCCUACAGAUACAAACUUCUGGCCAAUAUCCUUUGUGAGCAUUUGUUGGCUUAGACCAGUUUUGCUAUCCCAUUUAUCAGCUCCACAGGGAUAUAUGCCCUCUGUUCCAGGGAAGGGGAAUGCCCAUAAUUUUUUAAAUUUUCCAAGAACAAUUCAGGUAAGUAAAAACGACAAGAGAGCAAAAAAAACCCUCAAAACCAGACAAACAAAAAAAAGGUAACAUAUUGCCAUUGAUAUUAAGUACUUUUCCCUUUUUGCUGGCUGUUUUGAUGUUCCUGACUGAUGGUAUACAAGAGUCUACCAAUAAAGAUGGAAUAUGCAGUACCUUGAAA